AGCCACGUCUAAACUCAACUCGGAUCGCGGCGCGGUGUAACUUUGCCGUAGUUUUAUGUCGGUUUUUCGCAUUUCGAUAAAAGUUUCGUGAAAACUAGUGUAUCUGCUUACGAAAAUUUAUUGAAAAUGCCACUACGAUUAGAUAUCAAGAGGCGCCUGACGUCUCGUUCGGAUCGAGUCAAAUCGGUGGAUCUGCAUCCCACCGAACCAUGGAUGCUAUGCGCCCUGUACAAUGGUCACGUGCACGUGAUGAAUUACGAAAAUCAGCAGCUGGUCAAGGACUUUGAAGUGUGCGAUAUUCCAGUGCGCUGUGCACGCUUCGUAGCCCGCAAAAAUUGGAUUCUAACCGGAUCAGAUGACAUGCAGGUCCGUGUAUUCAACUACAACACGCUGGAAAAGGUUCACUCAUUCGAGGCACACACGGACUACGUCCGAAGCAUUGCGGUUCAUCCUACUCAACCACUUAUCCUGACCUGCAGUGACGACAUGUUGAUCAAACUGUGGAACUGGGAAAAGAUGUGGUCCAUGCAGCGGGUCUUCGAAGGUCACUCACAUUAUGUAAUGCAGAUCGUGUUUAAUCCAAAGGAUAACAACACAUUCGCCAGUGCUUCACUGGACCGAACGGUGAAAGUAUGGCAGUUAGGAUCAAACGUGCCCAACUUCACGCUCGACGGACACGAGAAGGGUGUCAACUGUGUGGACUACUAUCACGGCGGUGAUAAGCCGUAUCUUAUUUCCGGUGCGGACGAUCGGUUAGUGAAAAUCUGGGACUAUCAGAACAAAACCUGCGUGCAGACACUGGAGGGACACGCCCAGAACGUAUCGGCAGUGUCGUUCCAUCCGGAACUGCCGAUUGUGCUUACCGGGUCGGAAGACGGCACCAUACGGAUCUGGCACUCGGGCACCUACCGUUUGGAGACGUCGCUCAACUAUGGCUUCGAGAGGGUGUGGGCCCUCGCCUGCAUGAGGGGCACCAACAACGUGGCGCUGGGCUACGAUGAAGGCUCUAUCAUUAUUAAAGUGGGCCGUGAGGAACCUGCCAUGUCAAUGGACGUUAACGGGGGCAAAAUUGUGUGGGCCCGGCAUUCGGAAAUGCAGCAGGUCAACCUGAAAGCCCUUCCCGAGGGCACAGAAAUCAAAGAUGGCGAACGGCUCCCUGUUGCUGUCAAGGAUAUGGGAGCUUGUGAAAUUUACCCACAGACCAUUGCGCACAAUCCAAAUGGAAGAUUCGUGGUCGUUUGCGGUGACGGUGAAUACAUCAUCUACACGUCGAUGGCCCUUCGCAACAAGGCUUUCGGGUCGGCCCAGGAGUUCGUGUGGGCAUCGGAAAACAGCGAGUACGCCGUAAGGGAAUCGAGCGGUGCCGUUAAGCUGUUCCGUAAUUUUAAGGAACGGAAAAGUUUCACGCCGGAUUAUGGCGCGGAAGGAAUUUUUGGUGGACAAUUGCUGGGUGUUAAAACAUCAUCCGGUUUGUCGUUCUAUGAUUGGGAAAAUUUGGAGCUGAUCAGAAGGAUUGAAGUGCAGCCAAGACACGUAUUUUGGAAUGAAGCCGGCACGCUGGUCUGCUUGGCUACUGAGGAUUCGUACUUUAUUCUGCAGGUCGAUAUGUCCAUGAUACAGAAUGCAAUUGCCACCAAACAGCAGUUGAGUGAGGAUGGCAUUGAGGAAGCAUUUGAUGUACUUGGAGAGGUCAGUGAGGCGGUUCGCACGGGGCUUUGGGUUGGUGACUGCUUCAUUUACACGAACUCGGUGAAUCGAAUUAAUUAUUACGUUGGCGGUGAAAUUGUCACCAUUUCCCACCUGGACAGGACCAUGUAUUUGCUCGGAUACGUACCGAAGGAUAACAAGUUGUAUCUCGGCGACAAGGAGCUUAACGUAACGAGUUUCGCGCUGCUGCUAUCCGUUCUGGAGUAUCAAACAGCCGUAAUGCGACGGGACUUUGUAACGGCCGAUCGGGUACUACCGACGAUUCCCAAGGAGCACCGAACCCGGGUAGCACACUUCCUCGAGAAGCAAGGUUUCAAGCAGCAGGCGCUGCAGGUAUCCACCGAUCCGGAACACAGGUUCGAUUUAGCACUACAAAUCGGUGAUCUGGACACCGCUCUAGUGCUAGCACGUGAAUCGGACAGUCCCCAGAAGUGGUCCCAACUGGCCAGUAUUGCCACCAGCAAGAACAAAUUCGAUCUGGUCAAGGAGUGUCUGACCAAUGCGAACGACUACGGCGGUCUGCUGCUGUUGGCCACCAGUUCGGGUGACACCGACAUGCUACGGAAUCUGGGUGAAAACGGAGUAUCACAGGGCAAGUUUAACAUCUCCUUCCUGUCGAUGUUCCUGCUCGGCGAUUUAGAAAAAUGCUUGGAGAUUCUGAUUCAGACCAAUCGGAUACCGGAAGCGGCUUUCUUUGCAAGAACCUACCUGCCGAACAAAAUCUCGUAUGUAUUGGAAAUCUGGCGAACGGAGCUCGCCAAGAUUAACGAAAAGGCCGGCCAGAGUUUGGCCGAUCCGCAGCAGUAUGAGAAUCUGUUCCCAGGUUUCUAUGAUUCGGUUAAAACGCAACAGUUCUUGGUGCCGGAGCGAUCUGUACUUUUGCCCGCUGAGGAUGCGAUCAAUGUACCACUUAAUAUAGACCGUAAUCCAGUGGCAGAAAUGAAGGCAGCGGAAAGCGAGGGACGAUUCGAUUACGAUCCAAGCACUAGUACCGAAGGCAAUGCACCUGCGGCGGACACUGUGAGCAAACCUGCCACAGCAGCCAUUUUAGAUGAACCGCUUAAACCCCAAUCGGCGCCACUGGUUGCGGCAGCGUCAAUCCCAGCGCAACCCCCGCAGCAGCAACAACAGCAGCAAAGUAAUGCAAAUCAAAUCAAACGGAAAAGCUCGUUGGAAGACUUUGAGUCGGAAAUCGAAGCCUUGAACCUGGACGAUAAUAUCGAUACUUCGGAUGUAAAUAUAGAUGACGAUUUGCUGAGUGAUUGAGAAGCGCCACAAAUCCAACCGUAAAUGGCUCCCUUUAUUCGUGGUAGUGCUAGCAGAGUAUAUAGUACUUUAAUAUAACUAAAAAAAAGAUUUACGAUGAAAUAAAAAAUAAAAACGCAAAAAAUAAGCUGUAGUAGGUGAAGAAUGUUAUUACCACAGUAAAAUUUGUGCGAAUACUGAUGAAAAAGGUGAAAGUAAAAAGAAAACUUAAAGUUUGUAAUCACCCAAGAGGAAAUAGUCGGUCGGUAAACGAAAAGUAUUGAUAAUAACCCAAGCACGGUUCCCUUCUGAUGACACAUACCUAAAUAAAAGAAAAACAGACAAAAGUAUGAUCGCGAAGUGAGUGGAAAUGGUCUCAACCGAUGUGCCGGAUGAGAUGAGCGGAUGCAUAGCAUUUACAGUAUAGGAAAAAAAUAUAUCCAACAACACUGUUGUCAGUGGUUUCCCAUUUCCGGUUUGUUUUCCUUUGAAAAGCACACCAGCACGCAGCGCCACUUGAAAUCACAGUCGCCAUCGUACGCGAAUUGAACUGGCAACUGGCAAGUUUCGUUUCCGAAGCAAGAACGAGUGGCGACCAAGCCAACUCUAUACGCAAGCAAGGGCUUGCUGUUAGUUUCUACUUUGUUGCAAAACCGGAAAAUGUUUUCUAUGUUAUCACUUAUUAAACUUAUGAUGUCUUUAAUAUUAUUAUUAUUAUUACUAUUAUUAUUGCAAUCUAUAUUUUGUCUCUUUAGUGUAUCUAUAGUGUAAGAAAAACCAUAAAGAAUCAAGAAGCAAAUAAAACAAUAUUAAGACAU